UACGGUGCCCAAACGCCGGUAAUUUCACGGUUUCCUCCUGGACUGUUUUUCCGGUUGCACGGCUUUAGAAGUGGCAGGCUUUCAGGUUCCGAUUUGUGUGACCGAUUCGUUAUUCAUUUUUGCUACCUCCCCUAAGCUUUUUUUCUCCCCCUUAUUAAAUGUCUCUAACCGAGGCCUGAAGUUUUCUCCUUUAAAUUAUGACGGUUUUAUGACUGCGAAGGAGCGACCUGAUAACAGGUGAGGCUGGUAAUGGUUUCAUCAGCUGACAGCAGGCAGCAUAUAUGAGAGAUGUGGGCAGAUAAGCAAAGAGCAAUCAGAGUUUCUCAGGAGGAGCUGCUCUGCAAGAACGCCUGUGGUUAUUAUGGAAACCCAGCAUGGCAGGGCUUCUGUUCCAAGUGCUGGAGAGACAGGGCACGACCUGCUGGAACUCCGAGAGAAGAAACUAGACCGCGCAGUGAUGGGACGCUCCCCACAUUCUCCAAAUUUGAGGAGAAGAAAAACAUUGAGAAAGGCCGUCGGAUUAACACUGUGAGGAGACUCUUCUGGGGCAGUCCGUCGCCUCCAAAACCUCAAGAAUCUUCUGAAAGCCGCGCAAAUGUGUUAAAAGCCUACCAAAACCUCGAGCCCGGAGACUUCCCUGCUUUUCUAAAGAUACUUCGGAGUCCUCCUUCCCAGCGCUUGCAGUCCCGCUGUACAGCCUUUCUCAACACAAUGGAGGCUUACCAUGAUCUGCCGGUACAAAAGCAGUCAGACCUUGUGCAAGAUUUCUACCAGUCUUUUGCUGAAUACUUUAGCAGUUUUCCCGAGGCUCAGGUCACUCAGAUAAUGGAGCACGUAGAGAAGUUAAUAAUGACACGGCUCCACAAAUGGGUUUUCUGCCAUGACAGCUGUGACGAUGAACAGAAGGACCUGGCUCUCCAGAGAAGGAUCCGUUCUUUGAACUGGGUUACUCCACAGAUGCUGGGCGUACCUUUUCCUGAUAAAACGGUUUCGGUCACAGGCGACCCCUUUCUGCCUGCUAUAACUGCCAUAAUUGAAAUGGACGCCAAACGAGCACCUCAAGACAAACUUGCAUGUGUGACCAAAUGCAGCCAGCAUGUCUUUGAAGCCCUCUCCCGCUCAAACAGCGAGCCUGCUAAUGCCGAUGACUUCCUGUCGAGCCUGGUUUACGUGGUUCUGAAGGCCAAUCCACCUCGCCUGCACUCCAACAUGCAAUAUGUGAUUCGUUUUGGGCUCCCUCACAGUCUGAUGGCAGGAGAGAGCGGCUACUAUUUUACUAAUUUGUCUUGUGCUGUGGCCUUCAUUGAGAAGCUGGAUGGACCAGCACUGAACCUCAGUCCAGAAGAGUUUGAUGGCUACAUGCUGGGCCAGCGUACUCCCUCUGCAUUAAACAGGAGGCAGCAGGUUGUCAGUGACACACAGAACCUGUUAGAAGAGCUAAAAGGCAGGCAGGAGAAGCUGGACCAAGGUAUGGAUGCUCUUAAUGCACAGCUGCAAAAGUGGGUCCAAGAAGUUCAUUCACAGCUGGAUGAGACCAGAAGCCAAUUUGUCCUGGCUCAGAAGGAGAUGACGGCUCAAAAGGAGGUUUCCUUGUCCACUCAGGAUGAUAAAGAACAGUCGGUGGUGGUGCUUGAGGAUCAACAUGCAGGUCCAAAAGAUACAGGCUGUUAGCUCUAUUAACAGAAACGACUAAUCUGGCACUGGAAUAUUCAAUUAUCAGCACUAACAUUCGUAGGCUGCAGGAUAAAUAAAGCGUAUUUUCCAGUGCCACAUUUGCACAAGUUCCGAAUGCAGGAGUAGGGCAUUUGUAAGCCAGCUGAAGAUGAAGGAGAAGUUACUGAAGGAAACCUUAUGCAUGUAGAAACACAGAUGUCACACAGGUUUUAAUGAUAGUCAAUGAUAGUUAGUCAAAAUUAUUUGCACUUCUGUCCUAUUUGAGGAUUGAGCCAAUAAAAAAAACACAUUCCAGUUUCCAAUAAGACAUGAUCAGAUGUACCAUUUAAGCUCUCAGGGUACACAGCACUUACAGAUGUAACACCAACACUAUAGGGUACUUAUUCAUUAUGAUUUUUUUUUCUUCUAAUAGUUUUAUACCAUUGUGCCUAUAUGUAUGCUGCUCUGAAGCUAAAAAGAAAAGUAUACUACAGGACAACUCGGUCACUGUUAUUGACUACUUAAAGUUAAGGGUGUAUUUGUGAAAAUGGCAUCUUUUCAAAGCUGUGUGUUUGUUCUCAGUGUGCAGGUGCAAAAUGCCCAGAAGCUGCUCAUUGUUUACAGCUGUUGAAAGAUUUCUGAAUAAAAUCCAAUGGGCUUAUCUAAUAAUCUGUGAUUGUAUCUAAUAUAUUAAAGAUUACACAUGAUUGAA